AAUGUCAAUGAGUGGGCUGGAUAGGGUCAAAUAAGGCUGGCACUCUGUACAUAAGGACUGCACAAAUAUGAUUACUGGAACUUCCGGUAACGUAAUGGAACAAUUUUCAAUCACUCUUCGCCUUGCGCAAUGUCAACAUCCGACUUCGGCUACAAGGGUAUGCUACUAUAGGCAUGGUCGACUUUGAGGUGGUGAAUCGACAUCGACCUCGGCAAACCUCUGGAGCUGCUCGAGCUUGGAACCGUGAUAUUGCCGCCCCGCUCACACCUCAAACUCCCCGAGCGUUACGUACCUAAGCUCCAUACUUUCAACGUACAGUCGCAGUACCUCAUCAUCAUCCCUCAAAUCACACAAAAUGAGCGACAAGGCCGGUCCCGGUGUUGGCUUCGAGUUCCCCAGCUACGAGGUUUCGUGGCUCAAGCGUGAUCUGCUGCUUUUUGCAGCAAGCAUCGGUGCUACUUAUCCUGAUGAGCUGCAAUUCCUUUAUGAAUUGCACCCUCAAUUCGCUGCAUUCCCCACAUACCCAAUCAUCCUGCCCUUCAAGCACACGGACCAGGAAGUAAUUGACUUUUACGCUCGCUCAAACUCCGAGCCUAUUGAUGGUGUACCCAAGUUCGACACAAAGCAUGUCCUUGAUGGUGAGCGUAAGCUGGAGUUCAUCAAGCCCAUUCCCGUAACCAGCGAGGGCCGCAAGUUCGAGAUCAGGAGCAAAGUGCUUGGUGUCUACGACAAGGGCAAGCCCGGCACAGUCAUCGAGACAGAGCAGCGACUGGUAGACGCUGAGAGUGGCGAGACAUACACCAGGGCUGUCGGCAGUGGCUUCUACGUCGGUCAGGGAGGAUGGGGAGGACCCAAGGGCCCCAAAGUCCCCAACUUCCCGCCUCCCGAGCGCGCGCCCGAUGCAACCCGCAUCGUCCAGACCACCAUGGAGACCGCACACAUCUACCGCCUCAACGGCGACUACAACCCUCUACACGCCGAUCCUGAGCCUGGUAAGAAGAUGGGCUUCGGCGGCCCCAUCAUCCACGGCCUGUUCAGCUGGAACUCGUCUGCACAUGCCAUUCUCCAGGCUUUCGGUGCAAGCAAGCCAGAGAACAUCAAGGAAUUCCAGGCCCGUUUUGCAGCUCCGGUGAAGCCGGCAGACAAGCUGAUCAUCGAGAUGUGGAGGACUGGUGAGAAGCUUGACGCUGGCUUCGAGGAGAUCAGGUUCAUUGUGCGUGUUGAGGGUGGAAAGACGGUGCUGACGAAUGGAAGGGCGGUUGUGAAGGUUGAGGGACAGAUCAAGGCUAAGUUGUAGAUGAUUGAGAGCUCAUCUUUUUGGGCGGCGAUUCGAGCGUCGGGCCGGCGAGGGCUGGUGCUGGUGCUGGUGCUGGUGCUCUGCCUUGUUCCACCACCUCUUUGAAUCGGUAGUGAUUUCUGACGGCAGAAACCUCAACC